GGAAAGACAACAACGAAAAUAUUUAUGAUAAAGUUCUUAUUUGAUCUUUUUUUAGACUGUACUCAAUACAUUACCAAAAAAAAGUAUAAUUCAGAGUGAGAUGUGGAGCGAGAGUGCUUUGGCUCUACGACCAUGGCUUCUCGAAUUUCUAAUCGAAUCUGCUCAGCUACUCGAAGUGAGUCCGAUCGUGAAAUACACAGCGCUAUCAUUCUUCGCCGAUAGGUUCUACCCUCGCUUCUCCAGGCUCAAAGAAGAGGGUGGCAUAGCAAACUGGCUUUUGCAACCGUUGAGAGAAAGCAAUUUGCAGUUAUUUGCACUUGUUUCCAUAUGGAUAUCGAGCAAAAUACACAGUUCCAGACCAUUGUCCAUCAAAUCCUUCAAGUCGUUGGGUGACAAGGUUAUCAAAGAGCAGCAUUUUACGAAUAGGGAUUUCCUGGAAGCAGAGGUUGUUUUGAUGCAGGUCUUGAAUUUUGAAAUUGGUGCAGUAGAUAUUGCUUUUAUAUUCCUUGAAGAGCUUUUGCAUCAGCUAAGGGAAGUGGCAAAAGUUGGAGACCUUGUGAACUUUGAAGCAUGCAUGGACAUUAUGGAUCUCCUUUAUGAAAAAGGGGAGAUAUCUACAGAACAUUGUUCUUCUCGUUCUCUUGCUGCCUCAACCUUGGUUGCUUCAUAUGUCAUCACGGUUCCCAAACAACGGUGGGAGUUUCCUAUUCUUCCUUGGGUUAGAUUUGUAACAGGUUGCAAAGAAGAGGAUAUUUUAGAGAUUCUCAGAGACAUUCUAAAGCAUGUAUUCGAUCCUUCUUGAUAAGACACCAAACCACCAUAGAAAUAAAAAAGAAUACAAAAAUUAUAAUUGGAGCAUAUGACUCUUGUGGCUGGACAAGGAACAUUAAAUAUGAUCAGCUGCUCAGUCCUUGUGUUGUGUGUGCUACACUUUCUGGCCGAAGCAUUAUAUUUUGGAUCUAAACAAUGUGUGAAGGUUAUGUUAUUAUAGGGACCAAUUCGUCAAACCAAACUUGAGAAAGUAAGUACUUUGGUAAAGCUACGUGUAAGUUGUGGGCUCUACCACACGGUUGUCUGAUUUUAUUAAAAGAAAUUCAGUCCUUUUCUGCCAUUUAUUUUCUAGGUGUCGGCUCCAACACAAAGAACAGAU